GAGACGGCCUUUCCGUAAUUCGGAGAUUUCUGGAUAAUGGGUUUCUGUAUAACGGAUCCCAAACCUGUAUGUGAUAAAGUGCAGUGUAUCUGCCACUUUGAUUGCUAUUGAAUGUAGCAUGACACAAAGUGUGUGUGUGUGGUGGGGGCAAAAGAGGAAGGAUUUUGGAAGAACAGGACAGAUGGGGGUGUGAGAGCAGCAUAUGAAGACCAAAAGCGAAUGUGUUAAAAAUAUAACAAGAGGAGACACGUAGAGGCAAAUAUGGAAUGGUGGGAGAACAACAGAAAAAGGGGUGGGCAGCAUAAGAAAGAAAUGUAUCCUAGGAAGCAAUGGAAGAGUAGAGGGGUAAGGGAGAAUGACAGAGAGCAUGGGGAAGUAAUUUUCCAUUCUAACAGGCAGAAUGAAUAGCCCACUAUGGCAGAAUUGAGGGCUGAAGGCAUGACUAUGCUCAUCCCUGCUGAGCUGACUAAGUUAGAGUUGAUAAGAAGUGGUUAAAUGUCCUUGCUGACAGUUUCACUUUCAUUAUGUACAAGUGCAGCUAAACAUGGCAUCUUCCCGGCUCAGACAAGAACUUCUCUGCCCCGUCUGCCUUGAUAUUUAUAACAACCCCGUUCUCCUGAGAUGUGGGCACAACUUCUGUAGCAGCUGCAUUGAGAGUGUCUUUGACUCCCAGGAAGACUGCUGGCUAUACACAUGUCCUGAGUGCAGGAAGAGAUUCACACUGAGACCUUCACCUCGAAGGAACCUAAAGUUGAGCAACAUAGUCGGUCACUAUCGGGAACAUCAGACUGAGGAGGAGGAGGUUCAUUGUACUUACUGUGUUGACUUCCCUGUUCCUGCUAUAAAAACAUGUCUGCAGUGUGAAGCUUCUCUCUGUGUCAAACACAUGAAAAGACACUGCAGGUCUCAAGAUCACAUCUUGAUUGAACCCAACGCUCCUCAGGAUGAUCUAAAAUGCCCCACUCACAAGCACCUGCUCAAAUAUUACUGCUUGGAUGAUGCUGCCCGCAUCUGUUUGUCCUGCCACCUGGUUGGAGAGCACCAGAGACAUCACGUGGAGCUGCUGAAUGAUGCCUGUGAGAAAAAAAAGCAGAGAUGGACACAUUCCCUUGAGAAAAUGAUCUCAAAUAGAAAGGAAGCUGAGGAAAAAAUCCAGAGAAUGCAGGAGCGUCGGAAAGAAGUGCAAGAAAAAUUAGCCAGUGCCACAGAAAAAGUGACCCCUCUUUUUAGGAACCUCAAGAAACAGCGGAGAGCACAAGGGAAGCAAGUUCUAGAUGAGAUCAAAAGGGAGGAAGAACGAGUUUCCCUCCAGAUCUCUGAUUUUAUAAAAGAGCUGGAAAUGAAAAAGGAAACACUGUCCAAAACAAUUGUCCAGCUUGAGGAGCUGUGCAGCUUGACUGACCCUCUAUUGGUGCUAAAGGCUACAGAACCUGAUGCUGCACAGAGCGAUCAUGCCAUUGAGAUCCCUUCAUCAUGUCAGCUGGAUCAUGUUCUGAUUUCAUUAUUGCUACAGAGAAGCCUUAAGUUGGACUUUGCCUUUAUUCCUAAACUUCUGGAGAAAGAAAGUCUUCUCCAUGAAAAUCUGGGCAGUCUUUUACUGGAAGUCAGGACAAAUGAUAACACCAUACCUCUGUUGCCCGGACACAAAAUUGUAUCAUUCUCUGCAGAAAACUGGAUGCGGAAUUCUGAGUCUGAACUAUUCACAGCCGGUCAAGUUCUAAGCUCUACGGGGAUUUCAUCCGGAGAACAUUUCUGGGAGGUGGAGGUUAGCCAAGAAGGUUUUAGAUGUAUUGGAGUGGCCUAUCCCAGUAUCAUAAGGUCUGGACCACAGUCCUUUAUUGGAUACAAUGAAAAAUCUUGGAGCUUCACGUGGAUCAAUGAUUUUGUUGGCGUGAGCCAUAAUAACGAAUGCAGGCCUUUGUCUAAAGUUUGUCUCAAGGAGAAACUCGGAAUCUACUUAGAUUAUGAGGGUGGAGUGUUAUCCUUCUAUCAACUGAGUGACCCCAUCAGGCGUUUGCACUCCUUCACUGCCCCUUUUAUAGAACCGUUGCAUCUUUCCUUCAAUGUACUUAAUGGCUGGGUGAGAGUCAAUAAGAAAGCAAUCUGGGGCAAAACAUUGUUAUUUAACUGACAGCGAUAUUUAAGGAUACUUAAGCACCUAGCUCCCUGGAGGAGAAUGAGGUGUUGUCCUUUUAUCAUUGGACAGACCAUGGCUUUGAUUCCUGUGGUGAGAUCUUUGUUUGUCUGUGUGACGUCUUGAACAAAACAAUUCUUAAAUAUGGGAAAGAUUAUCUACUUUGCACAUAUGCACAUGGAAUGGACAUGCAUUAAUUAAUAUUACGUGAUGACAUGGUUAACGUGUACUUUUGUUGUUAAUAUCUCUGUUUGAUUGCACUACAGUUGUAUUAAAUCUACAUUGUUAAUAGAUAUAUUUCUAUUUAUAAGUCUAAUACGGUAAAUGCAAAUCUAGGGUGAAGUAUAAUAGUGAAAAAUGUACCCACUUAUGGAAUUAGAAGCCUAAGUUACACAACUCAUCCCUCAUGUAUUAUAAGGGAUAAUGUACCCCCUACUGUAAAUGAUAAGGAUAUUAGAAGUCACUGAGGGGUUCUG